AACCUAGACGAUCUGGGAGGAUUCGACGACGCCCUGCCUGGCACAGCGACUACGUGAUGGACUUCCCGGUGCGGAAGUCCAUCAGGCAGCAGAGGGUGGGGGCUGGAGAUGCUCUCCAACAGCCUGAGGAGAUGGCACUGCCACCUCUCCAGCCUGUGCUUGAUCUUCCUGAGGAGGAGCUAGAACAAACUGAAGAGAUGGCACUGCCAUCUACUCAGUCUGUGAUAGCUAAUCCUUUGGAAGACCUUGAACAGCCUGAGGAGAUUGCAGUGCCAGCUCUCAAGCCUGUGUUUGAUCUUCCUGAGAUGAAGCUUGAACAAACUGAAGGGAUGGCAGUGCUAUCCACUCAGUCUGUGAUAGCUCCUUCUCAGAGAGAUCAUGCUUUUGCACAUGCUUGGGAGAUGGCAUUGCCAUCUUCUCAGUCUCUUGGAGGUCAUCCUUCCUGGCUUCCAUCUCGAUGCUCGCCUUCCCUGGAAGUGAUUCCCCAGGAUAAGCCACCACCAGUGGGAAAGUAGGAGAUGGGAGGCAUCAUGAUGAUGGUGAGUGGUGUCCCUUUUCCCUCUAUUCCUCCUUUCUAACAUGUCUGUUCAUUAUUAACCUGUCUUGCUUCUUUCCCAUUCUCUCUGCUCAUUAACAUGUGUUUAUUAUUAACCAUUUCCUAUCUGCUUACUAACAUGUUCUACCUUUUUAACAUAUUUUUCAUUCACCCGUCUUCCUUCUCUGUAACUUAUGAACCCUGUGUCUAAAUAUUUUUUCACACACCGGUAUUUAGACGUAGGGUUCAUGAGUUUAACAUUUCAUACUUCCUAUUAACAGGUCUCUCAUUUUCAGUUAAACCCCCCCCCCCCUCCAUUAUUAACCAUUUCCUAUCUGCUUACUAACAUGUUCUACCUUUUUAACAUAUUUUUCAUUCACCCGACUUCCUUCUCUGUAACUUAUGAACCCUGUGUCUAAAUAUUUUUUCACACACCGGUAUUUAGACGUAGGGUUCAUGAGUUUAACAUUUCAUACUUCCUAUUAACAGGUCUCUCAUUUUCAGUUAACCCCCCCCCCUCCAUUAUUAACCAUUUCCUAUCUGCUUACUAACAUGUUCUACCUUUUUAACAUAUUUUUCAUUCACCUGUCUUCCUUCUCUGUAACUUAAGAACCCUGUGUCUAAAUAUUUUUUCACACACCGGUAUUUAGACGUAGGGUUCAUGAGUUUAACAUUUCAUACUUCCUAUUAACAGGUCUCUCAUUUUCAGUUAACCCCCCCCCCCUCCAUUAUUAACCAUUUCCUAUCUGCUUACUAACAUGUUCUACCUUUUUAACAUAUUUUUCAUUCA